GGCGCUCCGGCGGGGCGGCAGGGCGGCCAGGCGUCUGGCUGGCAGUGAUGGCGGCGUCGCAGCCCCACGGGGACUGUUCCUGUUGCUCACACCCUGGUGCUGUAUCCGUGGUGCAGCAGACGCUGGAGGAGAUGGACUUCGAGAGGGGAAUCUGGUCGGCAGCCCUGAAUGGAGACCUGGGCCGAGUGAAGUAUUUCAUCCAGAAGCCCACAGACCCUAGUCAGCCUGACUCCGCAGGAUACACCGCAUUGUUGAAGACACUGAUGCACUAUGCCAGUCGCAAUGGGCACUAUGCUGUCUGCCAAUUUCUGCUGGAAAGUGGAGCAAAGUGUGAUGCCCAGACCCGUGGGGGUGCCACGGCUUUGCACCGAGCCAGCUACUGUGGGCACACGGAAAUUGCACGGCUACUGCUCUUGCACGGGUCCAACCCCCAGCUGGUAGAUGAUGAUGGCAUGACCAGUCUGCAUAAGGCUGCAGAGAAGGGUCACAAGGACAUCUGCUCCCUCCUGUUGCAACAUAGCCCAGCCCUGAAGGCCAUCCGGGAUCGCAAAGCACGGCUAGCAUGUGACCUGCUGCCCUGCAACAGUGACCUACGGGACCUGCUGGCCAGCUGAGGCACUACCUCCUCUCUCUGACUGCCUUUGAAGGACACAUAGACUAGCUCUCCACACCCCUGCCUUGCUCAGCAUUCAUGCUGCAGGGCCUGAACCAGGGCCAGAACUCUCAAGAAGAGCCCUGUUCUGACCAGGGGAUAGCAGCCAGCAGGGAGGUUUGGUGAGGCUAAAGGCAUCAGAGCCUGGACAGACAAUGAUAUUCUAAGUUCAUGCAGAAAAAUCAAUCCAUUUAGAAGAAAAUAAAGUUUAUAUCCUGA